AUGGCCAGCAAAAAGCGUGAAGUCCAGCUACAGGCAGUCAUCAAUACUCAGAACUUGUGGGAUGAGAUGCUGCUGAACAAAGGGUUAACAGUGAUUGAUGUUUACCAAGCCUGGUGCGGACCGUGCAAAGCCGUGCAACCUUUAUUCAGAAAACUGAAAAACGAGCUGAACGAAGAUGAGAUUCUCCAUUUCGUGGUUGCUGAAGCUGACAACAUUGUGACUCUGCAGCCAUUUAGAGAGAAAUGUGAGCCUGUGUUCCUCUUUAGUCUUAAUGGUAAAAUCAUCGCGAAGAUUCAGGGUGCAAAUGCGCCACUUAUCAAUAAAAAAGUCCUUUCCUUGAUAGAUGAAGAGAGGAAAAUUGGAGCAGGUGAAAUGGCUCGUCCUCAGUAUGUGGAAAUUCCACUUGUAGAUCUAUCCACAGAAGAAGGCGGGGAAGGACAUUAUGAAAACGCUGGAGACAUUUACAAUAUGGCUAUUAUCAAACCUGAUGCCGUACUCAGAAGAAAAAAUAUAGUAAUUAAGGAAAAAAUUACCAAAGAAGGAUUUGUCAUAGAAAUACAGGAAAACAUGUUUCUCCCUGAAGAGGUAGUGAGAGAAUUCUACAUUCAUAUAGCAGACCAGCCUGACUUUGAAGAGUUUGUAUCUUUUGUAACAAAUGGCCUAAGCUGUGUGCUCAUUAUAUCUCAAGGAGAGGAAGAGUUUAUCCAGGAAGAAAUUCAACCUCAGUCUGAAGCGGCAGAGGAAGAAUUACCUGAGAAUCCGGAAGAGCCACAUGUUAGGUUUGCACCUAUGGUGACAAAGAAGAAACGGGACAGUUUGCAAGAAUAUUUGGAACGACAACACAUAUCUGAGUUUUGCGAUAUUGAGGAUGAUGUAACUAAGGUGUCUAAGUUCAUUGAUAUCUUAUUCCCUGAUUUUAAAACCAUGAAAAGCAUGAAUAUACAAAGGACUCUGGCAUUGCUGCAUCCGGAAGUCUAUGAAGAAAGGAAAGAUGAUGUCUUUAACAUUAUCCAGAAUGAAGGAUUUACCAUACUGAUGCAGAGGCAAAUAUCAUUAUCAGAGGAGGAAGCAAAGACAAUAUGCAAGAACUAUGAGAAUGAAGAGUACUUUGCUAAACUCGUAGCUUACAUGAGCAGUAAUCCAUCUUGUGUCCUUGUUCUAUUGAGGGAGAAUGGUUUGCAGCAUUGGCAAGAGUUAAUGGGACCAAAAACCCUUGAGGAAGCUUUCACAUACUAUCCAGAGAGUUUAUGUGCAAGGUUUGCCACAGAAAGUUUCCCUAUCAACCUGUUCUAUGGAAGCCCUUCAAAAGAGGAAGCUGAGAAGGAGAUCGAGCAUUUUUUUCCUCCUCAGAGCACGCUGGCACUGAUCAAGCCUCAUGUGUCACCCGAGCAAAGAAAGGAGAUCCUGAAGGCCAUUAAAGAGGCUGGAUUUGAGCUGACCAUGCUGAAGGAAAUAGUCCUGACUCCAGAGCACGCAAACAAAGUUUAUUUCAAGAUAACAGGAAAAGAUUUUUAUAAAAAUGUAUUGGAAGUCUUAUCUAUGGGCCCGUCUACAGUCAUGAUUCUGACCAAGUGGAAUGCUGUUGUGGAAUGGAGACGCAUGGUUGGCCCAGUAGACCCAGAAGAAGCAAAACUGCUCUCCCCAGAUUGCCUCCGAGCCAGAUAUGGGGUGGACAUUUUGAGAAAUGCUGUCCAUGGGGCAUCUAACACGUAUGAAGCAUCAGUCGGCAUCAGUAAUGUGUUCACAGAAGAUAAUCCUGAGGAUGCCUAA